GGGGAGGGUCCUCGCGUCGCCAUGGAGACGGAGGACGCGCCCGCGGCCCUUCAGCCGCGGCGGGUCCAGUCGUGUACCGCUCACGGGGGCCGAGGUCACGGCUCCCAGCACCCCGCAGCACUGCCGGAGAAGGCGUCUCGUGCACGGAAUGUCUCCUUUUGGGUGACACCGGUGUCCCCGCCCCCGUCGCGGGCGAAGCGUCGCUGUCUCGUCUGCAAGAAGAGCGCGGACGCCCCCGCCAUGACGCGGGGCGGGACCUGGGGCGGCCCGGAGCUGCCCGAGACUUCCGCUUCCGGGACCACGGCCGUCGCGCUUCCUGCCUCGUCCCAGCCGCCGGGCGGUCCGCGGAGCACGCCCCAGGCCCCGAGGCUUCCUGAGAAGCGGCCGCCCUCGCCCUGCCGCCCGUUCUCUCCCGGCCGCUGUCGCCCCCCGUCGCAACCAGACAUGCUGGAGCAUCUGAGCUCGCUGCCCACGCAGAUGGAUUACAAGGGCCAGAAGCUGGCCGAACAGAUGUUCCAGGGCAUCAUCCUUUUUUCUGCAAUAGUUGGAUUUAUCUACGGGUACGUGGCGGAGCAGUUCGGGUGGACAGUCUAUAUAGUUAUGGCCGGAUUUGCCUUUUCGUGUUUGCUGACGCUUCCUCCAUGGCCCAUUUACCGCCGGCACCCCCUAAAGUGGUUACCAGUUCAAGACUCUUGCACAGAGGACAAGAAGCCAGGGGAAAGAAAAGUUAAGAGGCAUGCUAAGAAUAACUGAUUCAGCUUUACUGUCACACCUGCUUUUGUUGCCUGAAGCGAAAUAAAUUGCUUUCGUAUCCAAAGCAUGAGUUAAAAAACCACCUCUUGAUGUUUUUGUGGCACAACUAUAUAUGGAUUUGUUCUCUUGAUACUUCACUUUUUAACUCGGUUGUUUAGCUGUUUUUUUCUUUUGGGGGGCCCACAGUCAGUGGUGUUCAGGGGUUACUCCUGGCUCUAUAAUCUAGAAUCACUCCUGGACAGCCUCAGGAACCAUUUGGAGUGCCUGGGGUGGAACCCAAAUUGGUCACAUGCAAGGUGGUCCCUUGCCCACUGUACUGUCUUUCUGGCCCCUAGCUGGGUUUUGAUUUAGAAAUAUUUUAGACAUUUUCUUCAUAAUCUUUCUCUGCAAUGAGUAACAGCACAAGUAUGCAAAUUUUCUUUCAGGUCUACGAAAACAAUUUCAUAAAUGGUAAUAAAACUAUAAGGAUUUUCUAAUUCAUUGUUUAGGAGUUAUUUGUUCUGCUCUUGUUUGAAGGACACAAUUUACAGCGUUGAGGGAUUAUUCCCAGCUUAGUACUUGGAGGUCCAGUCCUGGCAGUGCUUAAGGGACUCUGGACCUCUUGUAUGCAAAGCAUGCAUUCCAGCCCAUUGUAAUUAAUGUUUUAAGUUCAAACUCAGUGCAAGUCUAUGAAGAGUUUUUCACUGUUCUACAAGCAAGACACUAGUAAUAACCAUGUAAUUUCUCUAAUUUAUGAGUACCCUUUGCUCUCUACCAAAUAAAACCAGUUACUUCACAAAAACAAAAAGGGUAAGGUUCUGAAAGCAUCAUUAAGCACUACUUAUAUUUUCUGUAGC